CUGAUCCUAGUCAGAUAAGCGUUUUACCUUAAGUGUUAAGCGUUUUGUCACCUUUGAUGUCUUUGAAAACAACAAAAAUAAAUUGCUAUGUUGUUUGCAUCUAUGGAGAUUGAUGACCAAGGUGGCUGGUUUGAUACUCUGCACUCGGAUGAACCAGAAAAGUGGCAGGAUGCACUCCUCUGGUUGAAGAAUUCCGUCAUCGGAAACAACAAACAGAAGCAAAACGCAAUAAACCAUGGAAUUAUUCCAAGAUUGCUACAGUGGCUGGUUGAUGGGGAUGCCCCACAGCACCUGCGCCGGGAAGCGGCCAUCGUCAUGGGAUCCAUGGCUAAGGGAACUGCUGAGAAUAUCAACACCCUGGUGGAGGAAGGAUGCGUGUCAGUUCUUUUGAAGGGUCUCAAGAGCCCAGAUCAGGCGUUUGUUGAAUCGUGCCUUCGAUGCCUGCAGACUAUAUUUCUUCACAACAGCAACUGUGGAAAUCUUAUUUACCAGGAGCCUUCUAUAGUGGAGGACUUGGUGGAAAUCAUGCCCAGAUCUGUGUGCACUCAGGAAUGUGUAGCCAACAUUCUGGCGAGCUCAUGCAAGGAACCGGAGCACCAAUCGAAGCUGUGUGAGUGCGGGCUCAUUCCCAAACUGGUUGACCUCCUGGCUGGCAAGGUCUACAAGGUGCAGAUGCCAGUACUUAAGUGCCUCGCUGGGAUCGUCAGAGAAAACGGGGAAAACUGCGUGGUCGCAUUAACCGCCAUGCACAAUAACGUCCCACUGCCCGACAUGCUGGUUCAGCUCAUGCUACGAGACAGAACCUCAGAGAUGCAGAUUGUUGCGGCCAAGGUGCUUGCAUACCUGUGUGGGGGUGGGGCUCUUGCCCCUCAAGACCCUAGGAUCAUUUCUAAGACGCUGCCAUGCCUGAUACGUAUGUGUAGCCGUGAUCGCACGCUGGAGGAAAAUGUGGAGGGGGCAGAGACUCUUGCCUACCUGCUGGAACAGGAUGGGGAGCUCCAGAGAGUUGCUGCAGUGUCUGAUCACAUCAUCAAGACCCUAGCAGAGUACCUCAAGUACACCGAUGUACAGCAGAUCAACAGAUGUGGGAAACGCAUCGACAUUAACUGGGGAAUUGAGAUGAAGCAGGCAGCAUUCAAAGCGUUUGCAGCUCUCGGGGCCAAUGAGGAGAGCAUUCGAAAACAGGUGAUAGAGACAGAGCAUCUAAUGGAGUAUGUGGUGGUGGGGUUAAACAGUGGCAACAUGAAGGUGGCUGCUGCUGCCAUUCGCUGCCUGCACAGUCUGUCCCGCUCUGUUCAGUUGCUGCGUACCACAAUACAGGACCAUGGCGUCUGGAAACCACUGAUGAAGAUAAUCCAAGAGGGUCCUGAAGAAUUGCUUCCGGUUGCAUCUUCCACCCUAUGUAACUUGCUUCUGGAGUUCUCCCCCAGCAAAGAGUGCAUUUUGGACUGUGGAGCUAUUUCUGUCCUGGUAAACUUGGCAGCACGACCUGAACCCAAUCUUAGGCUUAAUGGCAUCUGGGGAUUAAUGAAUCUGACCUUUCAAGUUGAACAGAAGGUGAAAACAAAAGUGGUGGAAUCCAUUGGUACAGAACGCCUCUUCAGACUGUUAUCCGACCCUGAUGCUAACAUUGUCAUGAAGACGCUUGGUCUAUUGCGCAAUCUUCUGUCAAACAAAUUGCAUAUUGACCAUAUAAUGGGAAUGUAUGGUAACCAGAUCAUGCAGGCAGUUGUGUUCAUUCUGGAGGGAGAGCAUCCGAUACAGGUGAAGGAACAGACACUGUGCAUACUGGCAAAUGUUGCGGACGGUGACAAAGCUAAAGAUCUGAUCAUGGGGAAUGAAGACAUGCUAAAGAAGCUCAUGAACUAUAUGCAAUAUCAGCCGGACGUGAGUCUACAGAUAGCAGCUGUUGCAUGCAUAUCAAACCUGAUCUGGAGUGGCGAAGAUGGUGCCUGUGCAAGACAGGCUAAACUAAGUGAGAUGGGUGUACAAACUCUGCUGCAGAAGUUACUCAGUACCACAGACACGGUUCUCUUUGAAAAGGUUCGGACGGCUGUGCAGCAAUUCUCAUAAAAACAUUUCUUAUGGAACGUAAUAUUGGAAAGAAAAGCAACUGGACGAGGUAGCAUCCAAAUUCUGCAGGAUACACAGCGAUGUCUGAGGACGACUCGUUAAUGCUGGACUAACUUUAAAUUCUUUGUUAGAAAUGUGUUUGUGAUAGCAUUGUUUCGGCUGAAUGCUUACCAUUUAAUAAAGAUGAGUAUACAAAAAGUGCAUGGAAUUAUAAACCUUUUUGAUUUUACGUCGCUAUGUACGCACUGGUAUAUUGUGUUCAUUAAAGUGCUAAUUAAAUAAAA